AUGGUUCUUACCUGGCCACCUGGCAGUGACAGAGAUCCUGUUGAUUUGAUGGAAGAUGAUCGCUACAAGGGACGUGUGAACUACACUAGCAGCAGCAAUAACAAGCACACUCUGACCAUAAAACCACUAACGCUCCAAGACGCUGAGGAUUAUCGCUUCAGAAUUUUAACCAAUGUUCCAACUGAGAAGGUUGCAGGACCCAGUCUAUCACUUUCAGUUACAGGUCUGCAGGUGCAGAUUAAUCCUCCAACAGUGAAUGAGGGAUCCAGAGUGACACUGACCUGCAGCACCACCUGCAGUCUGAGUAGCAACCCCACCUACAUCUGGUACAGGAACACACAGGAUGUCACCAGCAAAUAUACAGCUACUGGUAACACCCUGACCAUAGACACAAUAGCAGGGGAGGAUGACGGCCGUUACUCCUGUGCUGUAAGAGGACACGAGGAUCACCCAUCACCUGCUGUGUGUGUUUUUAAAUGCUAUGGUGUGGCGUACAACCCAGAGAGUGUGUGUGCCUUGGAAGGCUCCUCAGUGGAGUUGCACAGCUACUACUCAUACCCUGAUGACCACAUAGUCGUCAAGACAUUUUGGUUUAAAGGGAGGGCGGAAGAAAACAUGGAGCCUGAUGAUUUGAUAGAGGAUGUACACUAUCAGCGGCGAGCAAACUAUACUUUAACUACUGAGAACAUCCACACUCUACGCAUCACAAACCUCAAGAUCAAUGACACUAGUGAUUAUCAAUUCCGAUUUAUAACAAAUGAUCCCGGCGGGAAAUUUGCAGGAGUCGAAGUCCCUCUCUCAGUGACAGGUCUGCAGGUGCUGGUGGAUCCUGCAUCAGUGAAUAAGGGAGACACAGUGACACUGACCUGUAAAACCACCUGCAGUCUGAGUAGCAACCCCACCUACAUCUGGUACAAGAACACACAGCCUGUCACCAACAAACACACAGCUACUGGCAACACCCUGACCAUAAACUCCAUUCAGAAUGAGGAUGCUGGUCGUUACUCCUGUGCUGUAAGAGGACAUGAGGAUCGCCCAUCACCAGCUGUGUAUAACCACACUCUAGGCAUUAGGAACCUGACUAGUGAUGACACCGGAAACUAUAGAUUCAGGUUUGAAACCAAAGAAGGAGGAGGGUGGUCUGGGGUCAAUGUUGCCGUCUCUGUAACAGGUCUACAGGUGCAGAUUAAUCCUGCAUUAGUGAAUGAGGGAUCCACAGUGACACUGACCUGCAUCACCAGCUGCAGUCUGAGUAGCAACCCCACCUACAUCUGGUACAAGAACUCACAGCCUGUCACCUACAAAUACACAGCCACUGGUAACACCCUGACCAUAAACUCAACCACAACUGAAGAUGCAGGUGAUUACUCCUGUGCUGUUGAAGAAUAUGAGAAGCUCCCUUCCCUUGAAAGAACUCUCACCGUCGAAUAUGCACCAAGAAACACCACAGUGUCAGUCAGCCCCGCUGGAGACAUCAAAGAGGGAGACUCAGUGAACCUGACCUGCAACAGUGAUGCCAACCCACCUGUGCACGCAUUCACCUGGUACAAGAGGAAACACCAUCCCGACUGGGUUGCAAAUGGACAAAAUGUCACCAUCACAGCUGAGAUCAGUACUGUAAUGUACUACUGUACGGCAGAAAACACACAGGGAUCCAGUGAUUCCAAUGAUACUUCUCUGGAUGUGCACUAUCAACCUAAAAACACUUCUGUAUCAGUGCAUCCUUCUGCUGAAGUGUUGGAAGGUACUUCAGUGACUCUGACCUGCAGCAGUGAUGCCCACCCACCUGUGGAGAACUACACCUGGUACAAGAAACUCGAGUCCAGUUCUUCCUCUUUGUGGUUACGAGUAGGAGAGAGUUACAACAUCACCAGCAUCACAGCUGAGGACAGCGGCCAUUACUACUGCAGAGCAGAAAACAAAUAUGGGACCAGCAACUCCAGCACUACACAUCUGGAUGUGCUCUACUUCCCCAGGAACACCAGAGUAUCACUCAGCCCCCCUGACAGUGUUAAAGAGGGCGACUCAGUGACUCUGACCUGCAGCAGUGAUGCCAACCCACCUGUGGAGAACUACACCUGGUACAAGACUGCUGGCCGUGUGACCGUUAUCCAGGGAACUUGGAGGGUCCCCAACAUUAACCUCACCCUCAUCCCGGGUCUGGAAGGAUAUUACCAUUGCGAGGCAGGAAACAGGCUCGGAAAGGACAACUCAACCACCGUCCAAGUCCAGUUCUCCAAGCCAGAUCCUGGCUUUGACAAGAUGAUCGUGUUUGCUGUUGUGGGGGCCGUCUGUGCUUUAGCCGUCUUCGUCCUGGUGGCCAUUGUAGCCUGGAGGAUAUCUAUGACCACAUCAAACAAAACUUCAAGCAGCAAAAACAACUAUGCACAGGGGAUGUCCAAUCCUGUAUACAACAAUGACCACAACAAUUGUGAAGACUCCACAGCCUGUUCCAAUGACCAGAGUGUCACAGCACGCUGUGGUGUUGGUGACAAUGACAAGGAUGUCGAUGCUGUCCAGUAUUCCACCGUUAAGUUCAUUAAGGUGAGGCCGAGGAGCAAGUGUCACUGA